AUGCUUCAGAAGUUUGGGUGGAAGGAGGGCGAGGGCCUGGGCAAGGAGGAGAAGGGCCUGGCAACCCCGCUGUGGGUCGACCCCAGGGAGGGGCGGAGCGGCCUCUUCUCUGCGCAGCUGGGGGAGGCCCGCCCACCCAAGUCGGCGGAUGAAGAGGAGGACUGGAUGAAUCCGAAACCCCUGGCCGCGAAUCCCCUUCGCUUCGUCAGUGAAGGCUCUCAGCCAGCCAGCAGCGAGCCGCCUUCGGGAUCAAAGCCACGGAUACCUGGGUUUGUACCUGCUCGCAACUUCAGCAACGGCACGGCAGGCCGAGCGGAGCCUCGCAGGCUCCUUGAGCGACCGCGGCCGAGCGUCUCCGCGGUGGCGCCAGCGCUGCUGGGCUUGCUUGCCGAUCAGCAGUGGCAAAGCAGAUCCGGAACCAGCGGCGCCGACCUUCUCGGCGAGCUUCUGGCUGAGGCCUUGCAGGGCGAAGCUGGCGAUCGCUUCCUUCGGCUGGUCGACGAGCGCCUGGGCCCACAGGUGGCUCCACAUAUUGCGGAGCUACAGCGGAGCAGGCCAGGCGCCCAAGAGCACGUGCAGCCUCUGUGGCAGUUGACCCAGCACCAUGUGACGGGUCAGGAAGACAAUGGCUGA